CAGGCCAGGGCAACUGAUUGCUAGGCGUACGGUUCCGUUCAUACGAUAUCGUGGAUGCAUUGAGUAAAGUCGCGCGUUCAUCAUCUUUGUCGGGCUCACUCUCUCACACUUCUGGAUUGUGUUUUUUAAUUGUCAAUGAGGUGAAAGAAUAAGGGAACUAAAUUAAUGCAAAGAAACAUUCGUGUGAAUUUCUGCACAUUGGACAUCAUUAAAUAUUUACCAUUGUCGAUGGAUAAGCCGUGCUAGUGAUACAACGCAACUGUUGAGUGCGCUCAAGUGCAGUAGUUUCAAUCAACAUACGCCGGAAGAACGCAAGCUGUUACAGUGUUUCUGGUAUACCGUUGUUAUCCGGUCGGUGGCUUAGGGACAUCAUUGGUGUCGCGUUUGGUAUAUUCCCAUUGAGGGAAGGCAAACUUGAAAUCGCCCACGGACCAGUGAAAAGUGAGGUUAUGUUUGGAGUGUUCGUAUAGUGUAGCUAGACCCAUCAUAUGCUCAUUUAGCUUUUCGGUCAUCCGGGUCUAAUUUUGGCCAUUUGACGAAACGGCUAUCAGUGACAGUUUCCUUUGAUCUGUCGGGAAAACUUGAACUUGAGAUUGCGGAUUUAGGAGUUGUUUCGGUUUUCCGUUUGUAGGCGGACGGAACUCGUCGUCGUUGUGUAGCCAUACGCUAAACGCCAAAAGCCACCACCAGCCAAACCAGCAUCUCUCUGGGACCAGCAUUGAUUUUCUCGUUGUAUGUCGUAGCUGCGGCCACCAAACCGAAUCUGCUCUCUGCGCACCAUCAUCAUCAGCCCCCGAAUUUCGUUCGGGCAACGAAAAAAAAAAAAACCAGAAAGACAGAGGACCGUGUGAAGUUUUGGUUAGGGUCCCUUGUAUUUUAGUUUCAUUGGCACAAACUCAUUGCCAGUAAUUGCAAGACUGCAGGAGAAAAAAAGACAGCUCCGUGUCAAAAUUGACAUUACUUGCAUGUUCCGUGAUAGUGGAGAAGAAAUCUGAGCGAAAUUUUUGUUCAUGAAUGUUUGCGCCGUGAUGAGGAGUUAGUUUUUUAUACGCGUUUCGGUGUCGCGAGUGGUGGUGCCCUGGAAUCUGUUGAACUGUAGGCAUGAAUGGAAUAGUUUUCCCAGUGCACUGAUAAUCGAAGUAUUCCAGGUGCGAAAAAUGGUAUUUGAGGUGAACGAGGAAAGUGACAAGAAUGUGAUGAUCUACUUUGCUGUGAAAAUCAAGAAACCAUGAUCCAUAUCGACUUCUUGCGUACUAGUCCGUGAUGUAGAAGUUUUAAGAAAGGAUCGUCGAAGAAUAUAGCUCAGUGUUACAAGGAGUGAUGAAUGAAUGAGCGAAAAUUACAGAAAGUGAUGCUGACUGAUGGUGGAUUUGCCGCUGGAAUUGAAGGAAUUUGCCAUACCCAUUAGCCGAAGCUUCUGAAGCGUUCCCACGGAUUGUAGCUAGACGUAAUGUAAUUGCGUUGACGACCAAAUGGUAGAAGUCAACUAAAACCGAGCGGCCUUUCUCAUUAUAAUUGUUAGUGCUCAUCUGUCUGAUUCGAAUCGGGAUACAAAAUACAAGUGUUAAAAUUACUUCGCGAAAGAAAUUAAGUUCGGCAACAUUCAACCCCAACAGCACACAACGAUGCCACAUCAGUACGGAAUUCCCAGCUAUGGCCAGACACCGCCGAGUCCACCUACGCACCAUGGAGGCGCGCUCAUUCCACGGCUUGGCGGUGGAGCUGUGAUUCCGGUGGCGGCAAACACCAACUCUGGCGGCAGCAACAUGGGUCCAUCCGGGAAUGCGCUUUUCCGGGGCCCCAUCGAGGAGCGGCGGCUGACGCGCGAGGCGAUGGAAAAAUAUCUGCGAGAUCGCAACAACAUGGUCAUUGUGAUACUGCAUGCAAAGGUCGCACAAAAAUCCUACGGCAACGAGAAACGAUUCUUCUGUCCGCCGCCCUGCAUCUACCUGUUUGGGGAGGGCUGGCGGUUGCGCAAGGAGCAGAUGCUGCGGCGCGGCGAAAGCGAACAAUCCACCCAACUAUGUGCCUUCAUCGGAAUCGGCAGCUCGGAUCAGGACAUGCAGCCGCUGGAUCUGAACAACUCGAAACAGUACUGCGCCGCCAAGACGCUGUUCAUCUCCGACUCGGACAAGCGGAAACACUUCAUGCUCUCGGUCAAGAUGUUCUACGGCAGCGGCCACGACAUCGGGGUAUUCCAGUCGAAACGAAUCAAGGUGAUAUCGAAACCAUCGAAGAAGAAACAAUCGCUCAAAAAUGCUGAUCUGUGUAUAGCUAGCGGGACGAAAGUCGCGCUGUUCAAUCGACUACGAUCUCAGACGGUUUCCACGCGGUACCUGCACGUGGAAGACGGUCACUUUCAUGCGAGCUCCACCCAGUGGGGCGCCUUCACGAUACACCUGCUAGACGACAACGAAAGUGAAUCGGAAGAAUUUCAGGUUCGAGACGGGUAUGUACACUACGGAUCUACAGUCAAACUAGUCUGCUCAGUAACGGGAAUGGCCCUGCCGCGGUUAGUGAUCCGGAAGGUGGACAAACAGAUGGCCCUACUGGAGGCCGAUGAUCCAGUUUCGCAGCUACACAAAUGUGCAUUCCAUAUGAAAGACACCGAACGGAUGUACCUGUGCCUUUCGCAGGAGAAAAUAAUUCAGUUCCAGGCGACGCCUUGUCCCAAGGAACCGAACAAGGAGAUGAUCAAUGACGGUGCCUGUUGGACCAUCAUCUCUACCGAUAAGGCUGAAUAUCAGUUCUACGAAGGUAUGGGACCGGUUCGAACGCCGGUCACGCCAGUGCCAAUAGUCAACUCACUACAUCUGAACGGCGGCGCCGAUGUGGCGAUGCUGGAAAUCACGGGUGACAACUUCACGCCCUCGCUACAGGCGUGGUUCGGUAAUGUGGAAGCAGAAACCAUGUAUCGGUGUGCGGAAUCGCUACUCUGUGUUGUGCCCGAUAUUUCGCAGUUCCGAGGGGAAUGGUCAUGGGUCCGACAGCCAACGCAAGUUCCGAUCUCCCUGGUGCGGAACGACGGCAUCAUCUACGCCACGGGGCUGACGUUCACCUACACACCGGAACCGGGUCCUCGAUCGGCUUGCGCUGGAGCCGAUGAGGUCCUCCGGAGGGCCAACAGUAAUAGCAACAGCGCCAACAAUAACAACAACAACGGCAAUAGCGCCGCGACAACACCCGGCGGAACCGGAACCGGAGGAUCCUUGCCACCGAUCUCGGAUGUCGCCUGGAGCGCACAUGGUGGUGGAAUACCGUAAGAUCAAUCAAUCGCUUAUUGUUUAUUUUUGGUUUAAUCUCUUUUCGAGGGUCGGUCAUUCGAGCACUGAACAUAUUUAUUGUUUAAUCGAUCAGAAAAAAAGUUCGUGGUUCUAAUCAUCGCCACACCUACCUAUGCAUACUAUAUUUGCUAAUUUAUACACAGUAUUUUGAGGAAGUGAGCGUUCAUACCCGAAUCGAGAGACAACACCGAGUAAUCUCAAUAUUUUAUUCCUACCACAAAAAGUUAAUCGUUAAGUAAUACCAACAUAGGCCAAUGAACAAAUUGCUAAUAUAUGUAUACAUGUGCGCUGGGCGGGGGAAAAUCGCUAUCCAAGAAAAUAUUUUUCCCUACCUUAUUUUCUCUAUCGUAGUGAAGGAGAAAACAAACUGUGUAGACUAUCAUUUCCUACUCUAUUUUUUAAGGAAAGUCGUAUUUUGACAGAUUUUUUGUAAGAGAAUUACUAUUUUUAAGAAUAGAGAUUACGUGAAUCGUCACGGAACCAGACAUUGCAUAAAAAAAACACAAGAGAUGAUGAAACAAGUGAUAUAGCAGGUUUUACAGAAUAAAGAUUACAAAAUCAAAGUAUUUAAACUUAAAAACGUAAAAUCAAGUGACUACUAUUUUGUGUGUGAAGAAAAAUUCUGACAUCGAAAGCACUGUCCACGAGUAGCAGCUAGAAGCUAAAACAACAAGAAAAAGACACUUUUUACUGUUCCGAAGUUUGUUUUUUUAAGAGACGAAUUAUGAGAGAGGGGGAGAGAAAAAAAAGCCGCGAUGAAGAAGUCUAAGCAUUUUAAACUGGGAAUAAAAUUGCCAAAGAAGUAAUCAGA